GUUCUGUGUGUGAAGCGCUCUCGCGAGAAUUGAUUGCCUUUUGCCAUUUCAAUAGUUUCUGUCACCACCCCUUCUUUAAACUAACUGAGCGAAUAUCUAGCGCGAUCUGACUUGGAAGGAAACUUAUUCGCUAUUUGGUAUAUUCGGGAAACAUAGCUACAGGAAAGUAUGGCGAGACAGAGGGAUCUUUACAAGGUUCUUGGAGUAUCCCCUCAAGCAACCCAGCAAGAAAUUCGCAAUGCGUACAAACGGGAAUCAUUGAAGUCACACCCUGACCGAGUACCUGCUGACUCCCCCGAGAGACCAGCGCGGACUCGUAGGUUCCAAGAAAUCAACGAUGCCUAUUAUACCUUAUCCGAUUCGUCACGUCGGCGCGAGUACGAUGCGGCGCGAUUGGCGGAUGAAGUGGAAGAGGAAUACAAUAUGCCCCAGGGAGGUGCCGGUGGCUUUCCAUGGUCUGCUUUUGGCUUUGGCUCCGGUUCCGCUACUGAUAGAGAGCAGCGGGCAUCAGAACAGUUUGGGUCUGUGUUUGAGGAGAUGCUACGGGAAGAAGGCCUUGCCAGCGAUGACACCGACUCUGAUGGUCGCACGCAAACCCGCCCAACCGCACGUUUCUGGUCCAUUGUCGGUGGCAUCAGUGGCGGUGCACUCGGAUUCAUCAUUGGGAAUGCACCCGGGGCGCUGGCUGGCGCAGUCGCCGGUAAUCGCCUGGGAGCGGUACGGGAUGCCAGAGGGAAAAGUGUCUAUGAGGUUUUCCUGGAACUGCCUCAAACUGACCGUGCUCGGCUCUUGAGUGAAUUAGCCGCCAAGGUAUUUCAGACUACAAUGGGCCAUUGAGAGUAAGGAUGUGUAGCGGUCUGGUUUUUUUGAAUUCAUCUCUUUGUACAGCCGUCUUGCUCUCCCUUGCGAUUCUUUAUUGCUCUUUGUGAUUCGGCCCUGGCAUUAAACAUCAUUAAUGGUUGUUGGAGUUACGAAGUAGGCUUGCCCCUAUUGAAAGCACUGUAGGUGGCUGUUUGACCCAGUGAAGCUCCAUACUCUCUCUGCCCUGUAUGUAGUCAUUUACUUCAAGAUAACAAGCUGCCUUCGAAAGCCU